UGCCUGCCCACAGACUCCAGCAGGAGGAUACCGGAGAGCAGGAGCUGGUUCGUUCGCCUCGCCGGUGCUGCUGCUGCUGCUGCUGCCGCCGCAACACCUACAACCGACGGAGGAGAACGGGCUGACCGACACGGUUCAAGAGACAUUGUGGUGGAAUAACGCGGCACCGAGCUGCUGUUACACAUUACUACAGGCUUCAAUAGUUGGAGAGCAGAGCCUCUUCGCCAAUGGCAAGUCCGGUUUCAGACAUAGGACCGUCUCAUCAGCAUCACCCUGUGACCGAGUCGGCCGCAGACUCCGCGUUUCAGGAGGCGCAGAAAUGGAUCGAGGCAGUGACAGGAAGAUGCUUUGGUGACAAGGAUUUCAGAGGAGGUUUGGAGAAUGGGAUACUGCUAUGCGAGUUGCUGAGCUGUAUUAAACCCGGCCUGGUGAAGAAAAUUAACAGACUUCCAACACCCAUAGCUGGCCUGGACAACCUCAGUGUGUUUCUGCGAGGCUGUGAGGAGUUGGGACUGAAAGGCUCCCAGCUGUUUGACCCCGGAGACCUGCAGGACACGUCGACACGCCCCACCGCCAAGGGAAGUGACUGCAGCCGAAAGCUCAAGAAUGUUCUAAUCACCAUUUACUGGUUGGGUCGUGCUGCCAACGGCUGUACCUCCUACAACGGGCCCACGCUGGACCUGAAAGAGUUUGAGGCCCUGCUGUCACAGAUGCGAAAGGAGGCAGAGGAGGCAGAGAGCCCUAAACGCAGCAUCCGGGACAGUGGCUACAUCGACUGCUGGGACUCUGAGCGCAGUGACUCUCUCUCCCCGCCACGGCACGGCCGCGAGGACUCGUUCGACAGCCUGGACUCCUUCGGCUCACGCUCACGACAGACCCCGUCGCCAGACGUCCUGGUUGCCCGUGGCAGCAGCGAUGGCCGCGGCAGUGACUCGGAGUCUGACGGUGCCCCCCACAGGAAGAUGCCAGACGUCCGUAAGGAUGACAUGUCGGCAAGGCGGACAUCUGUCAGUGAGCCACGGACCGCCAUGCCCUUCAACCAGUACCUGCCCAACAAGAGCAACCAGAGUGGUUACGUCCCCACGCCACUCCGCAAGAAGAAGAAUGAUAAAGAUGAGGGAGGGCGCAAGAGUUGGAGUACAGCCACUUCCCCUAUAGGGGGAGACAGACCGUUCAGUCCAAUUCAGAUCGCUAGCUUAGACGCUCCACCUGGAGAGACCCCCAGUCUGUCCCCCACCCCGCCCCAGAUCCAGAUUCAGGAGAACCAGGCUAAAAAGGACGAGGAGGAAGGGGAGCAGAGAGCCUCCACACCUUGCAUUGAGAUCCAUGCAGCGAGCGUGAGGAGGAGCAGUGAGCCUCUUCCCUGUAACCUCCCCCAGCCCCAUGCAGAGCCCCCAAUGGAGACUCUAACUCACCAGAUGGUCACCUCUGAGCAAAGUACUCCAGCUCGCUCGUGCUCAGAGGAGUUCUUCCACCAUUCAACGACUCUAGCAGCAAACACUGCGGCAACUGCCGUGGUUGCAACAAGCCCCGUCAUCACAGGGAAACGCCCACCUCUGACAGAGCAGGAGGAGGCACCUGUGAGGAAGGGAAUCGCCGGCGCCCCGUUAGUCACAGAGCGAGAUGAGAAGCGAGCCCGCCAAAUGCUGACCUCUCCCAAACACGUCACCACCCUGUGUUCCUCCCACUUCCUGCCUGUGCCAGCUGCCGUGACAACCACUACAACAGCCACAAGCGAUACAGGCCGACGAAAGGGAAGGGCUCGGAGUGAAAGUGAGGACCCCCAAGGAGGGAUGUCUUGGUUGGACAGCAAUCUUUCAGCAACAUUCAGCCGCACACAUAGUGUGUCAGAUGACCCACAGAGUGUGAGUAUGAUUGACAUGCGUGGUGAGGACGAAGCCGUCUUGCAGCCCCACAGUCAGGUGCGUCAUGAACUGAUGCACAACCAGUACAACAAGAUGAAGGAAGAGGACGAUCACUGGCAGGAUGACCUGGCCCGGUGGAAAAAUCGGAGGAGGAGUAUUUCCCAGGAUUUAAUCAAGAAGGAGGAGCAGAGGAAGAUGAUGGAGCGGUUGAUGUCAGGAGAGCCAUGUAUCUCAGAGAGGAGGAGAAGCAUCAAGACCUACAGAGAGAUAGUGGAGGACAAGGAGCGUCGCGAGGAGGAACUGCGGGAUGCAUACAGAAGAGCCAGAACCCCAGAGGAGGCAUCAGCCAUCCUCCAGCGCUACGCCCAACGUUUCUCUAUCAGUGACGCGGUCCUGGAACGCCUACAGUUGCCAAAGCUCCUGGACCGCAGCAUAUCUGCUGAUCCCUCCUUUCCCUGCUCACCCUUCCCUCUCUCCCUCUCCCUGUCUGCCUCCCCAACGACCCCAGACCCCUUCGACGCAGACCCCAACGGGCCUAUGAGGUAUCUGCGGCAGCAGUCCGCCCCGGCUCCAAAGUUCACGUCUACACUGGAGGCGCGAAUCGAGGAGUUUCCCAAAGACUCCUCACACCAGCGGCCUCAGAUUCGUUCUCGCUCGUCUGAGCCGCCAUCCACCCGAGGCCUGUCGCCCAAACCGGUGCCUUUGCUGACGCCCAAGCCUUACUUCCAGUCCCGACCCACAGUGGCUGAUCCAUGGCCUAGUAAGGCGGACGGUUUGCUCCGAGUCAACGGCGACAUAGGAAGCGCCGAUGUUCCAACUACGCCUGAGAGUCAAGGACGGGAAUCUCCUCCUCUUUUCGAGGCGUCCCCUUCCAAAACCAGCAACAGCACUGUAGAUGCUCCCUCGUCUGCAGCCUCACCAACUCGCAGUCCUCACGCCUCGACCGGAGGAGAAAGCCCGGUGGCUACAAAGGCCGAGGAGGCUCAAGGUGGUACAGAACCGGCUUCUAAGGACGUCCAAGAAGAGAAAGUCAUUGAGCAUUCGACGCCACCCAGCCGGCCCACCUCGCUCCCAUCGGAGCUGCAGAAGCCAGAAGAAAGCUUUGGGAAGACUGGAAGCAAGUCAGUAGCUGCUCCAGAGGAGGAGAAGUCGAAAACUGCAGCUCAACAACAAACACCACCUGCAGAAGCCAAACAAGUACAAGAAAAAACUGAAACUGAACUGAUCUCCAACCUUGUCCAGUCCGGGUCCAUCACACUGCAAAGUCAGCCAGUAACUUUACAGGCAAGUGUUCCUAGUUCCCAGGAGACGUCCCAGGAAAAAGAGAAUGUACCAAGCUUAGCUGCACCAAGGUCAGAUGGAUAUCAACCACCAAUAGAAAAGACAGCAGAGUUUGCAAACAGUAUCAGGUCUCCGCUGGCAACCAGCAACCCUAAGUUACGCUGGGACUUCUUCGCUCCGCCAGAGGAGACGGAGAAGGAUUGCCGUGGAAAUGAAAAGUACCGGCGCGAGCAGGAGAAGCUGAAGGAGGAGUGGGAGAAAGCACAGAGGGAGGUGGCAGAAGAGGAGAGAAAGUACCACGAGGAGGAGCGAAGGAUACUGGAGGAGACUGUGACGCCUCUGACUCCCCGCUCCUCAGCCCUGCCCUCCCCCAGCCGAGGGGAGCUCUCCUUCACCCUGGAACCCCAGGACACCAUCGUCCGUUCACUGGCCGACUGGGAACGCAAGCAACAGCUGCUGGAGAGGCAGUCUAGGGGGAGCACAGAGAGUGUGGAAUGGAAACGGAGAGAUAACGACAGGACCAGUGACAUCAGCACUGCUGACGACAGCAUGAAAACAGGCAGGAGCUCAGUGAGUCAGAGCAGCAGUCAGGCGGCAGAAACACUCGGUCACAGUCUGCAGAACGGCCAAAAACUCCCCCCGAUGCCGGCCAAAACCUCGACUCCGGUAAAGAAACAACAAGAGCCCACAGCAGACAGCAACAAGCCCAGCCGGCCUGCAGGAGACAGGAGGAUUGGUCCCAUUGAUAAUAACAUGGGCCGCAGCUCAUCAAAACCCCCCGCAGCAUGUCCACCACCUCCAGACACACUGCCUCCAGCACCCAACAGGUCUGUUAGUGGGAAGAAACUGUGCUCCAGCUGUGGACAGCCGUUAGGAAAAGGAGCGGCCAUGAUAAUAGAGACCCUCAGUCUUUACUUCCACAUCCAGUGCUUUAAGUGUGGGGUGUGUAAGGGACAGUUAGGCGACACGACCACGGGGACGGACGUCCGGAUCAGGAACGGCCUCCUCAACUGCCACCAGUGCUACAUCCGCUCCCGCUCUGCCGGACAGCCGACCACAUUGUGACGCUCGACAGAAAAAAGCACAAGGUUCACGGAAGAAACCCCAUCCCUGUUUUAACCCGAUUAUCUGCAAAUCAUGUCCUUCACAGCGUGUCGGGAUCUUUGCAUCCUCUGCAGUUCAGUAACCAAUGAAGAUUCAUCAUGAGGGGCCAAACAGGGAUCUGCGGACAGUCUUUAACAAAUAUAUAUAUUCUUCGUGUUUAUGUCAUCUGAUAUGUGAGUGAAAUCUGGAUUUGAUUGGUCCACGUACCACCACAGACUCUGUUUCAUCAUGCAGCGAGAGAAAGAGAGUGAGAGAGAGAGAGAGAGAGAGAGAGAGAGAGAGAGAGAGAGAGAGAGAAAGAGACUGUUCUGGGGUGGCGGCCAUGUUGAAAAGAAAACAUUUACAGAUGCUUCAUAUGCAGGCAAUGUUAACGUCCCACACUGUCAGAGUGAACACACAAAAAGAAAAUAUGGUCAAAUCAUGGUUAAGUAGAAUCAGAUUCUAUUUUCCAGGUUGGAAAAAAUGUGAAUAUUUACCAUUCAGUUCCAUAUAAUGGAAAUGCAGUAUAUCACAUAGUUACUGAAACGCUUUUUUUUUUAUCAUUUAAGAAAGAUUUGGAGGGAUCAAAAUCCAAAAACUGGAAUCCAAACUGAAUAAGUGUUGAGGGAGCUCAGAAUGGAUUUUUUAAAUUUCUCGUUAACAGGCUGGAUCUGAAAAAUAUGAAUAAUUGUACACCCUUUCAAUGAAGUACUAGAUUAAAACAAAAGCAAAUACAGAAACUUUGUUCAGAAAGUGCAAUAAAGGUCACUGUAAUCCCACAGACACAAUAUAUACAGUAAGAUAGUAUUUUUUUGAUCCUUUGGUCCUUACAGUGACCUCUUAUGUCUCUUCCUUUGUGCUCCUGAAUGAAAUUAGCUUCUGAUAUAAACACACAUUAUGGAUGUAGUUUCAUCAUUAGGGCAAUAACUCGACUUGUGAGCUGUUUCUGUGCUUUCGGGUCACAGCAGGUUGCUCCUCGGCCAGCCUGUUCGCUUGGAAAGUCAGGACUUCAAUGUGCCUUAGGAAAGCAAGGUGAUGCAGGAAAAAAACACCAGCUGUAUGGUGUUUUAUUUCUCUCUCUUUUCUGUUUUGUUUUUGCGUGUAGGGAGGGAUUUGGCCAAAUUUGAACCCUUAAAAACUGCACACAGACAAGCUGCAGCCCUCCCUUACACCAGUUUUACUUCAGUUGAUAAGUACUGUUUAUUUUACAUAAACAACACCCCUUACUUUCAUGUUUCCCCCGAUGAUUCCUCAGUGAUUUGCAGUGAUAAGAACCAGAGGAAUACAUGUGUUGUCUAUUUGGAAAAAAAAGCCCAGUAUAGAGUACAUAUACUGCGGGGAAACCAUUGAAGUUGUUUUAUUCUAGAGAGAUAUAGACUUCUGUAUGCUAAUAAUUGAGGUAAUUUUGAUAAUUGCUCAGUGGUAGGAUUCAUUUAUAAAAUAAAAAAAGGAAAUAAAAAAGACAAAAAUCAGCAGCAAAUGUUACAUCUAGUUAAAAGGCAGAGGUAAUAUGAACACACAUACCAGCAGCAGUUGCACCUGUGCAAUAUUUGGUUGGAUGGAAACUAAAGAUCUGUGGCGCCAGCUGCACAUUUUAAGUCACACGCUUCUUCUUUUCUUUUUUUUUUUUUGAACUUGUAUGAGAAGAGCUGGGUUAUGUAUUGUGGAUGUAAAAAUGCACGUUUAAGCCUAAAACCAAAUGAUUUGCUGUAUGAAAGCAAACUAGCAGCCUCCUCCUCCUCCUAUAGCCAAGCUUCUCCUCCGGGUUCAUCUCUCUGAUCUACAGUAUUUUUAAGCUUCUGUUCCGAUUGUGUAUUUUAUUUUUUAUCCUCAUUUAGUUGAUGAAUAAAUCUCGGCUGAGUCUCUUAUAGCGGGAUCUUUGAGACGGAGCUCUAUAUUCUUAACAGGAUAGUUGGGGAAUGAAAUCUUUACGUCUGUUCUGUAUUUAUUGUAAUAUUCACCUGAACACACUAUCCGAAAUAUAGAUUCAUUUGAUGUUUAAAUGCAAUGGCAUUUAUAGCAUACUGUAUGUUUAUAAAUAAAAUGUUAAUAAAUUAAA